AUGUCAACAAAAGCAUCUAAAAAUAAGGGCCCAGAUCAUGCUACAAUCACUGCUUGUGCUACUGGGUCACAUUCUAUUAGUGAUGUAAUGGGAAUAAUUCAAUUUGGAGAUGCAGAUGUUAUGGUGGCUAGAGGGACUGAGUCUCGCAUUGAUGCAUUAUCAAUUGCAGGAUUCUGCAGGUCUCGUGCCUUAACUAAAAAGUAUAACUCAAUGCCACAGGAAGCAUUGUGA